ACGGCUGGUUUGAAUGUGAUGGCUGGUUUGAAUGUGAUGGCUGGUUUGAACGUAACGGCUGGUUUGAAUGUGACGGUUGGACAGCUGGAACGAAUAGAACAACUGGAACCAACAGAACUGUGGCACCUGGAACACCUGGAGCACCAAAACACCUAGAACACCCAAAACACCUGGAACUGAAAACAACAGAAUUGUGCUGUUAUAACAUUCAAUUGAAUAAGAUAGCUAAUAACACACCUCAUUUUAUAACUAAAGCACCUGGAACACCUGGAACACCAAAACAUCUGGAACACCGAAACCCUAGGACCAAUAAUGAAACAAGACAGCUGGAACGAAUGGGACAGCUGGAACGAAUAGAACAACUAGAGCUGACAGAACUGUG